UUACAAACAUCUUGUGUAGGCUACAGGUCAUCAUGACGUUACUAAACACCCAUCCACUGCAGAGUUGGCAGAUGCUGAUGUUGAGGCGCCUUGCCUGCCGCACUUUUAGCCAAUAACUAGGCAUCAGCAAACAGACGUAAUGAUUCAUGAGUGACAGAUUUUUAGCACGAUAAGUGAUCAGAUUUUGAACGUAUAGCUGUAUCAACUGAUCACAAUGCCAGAGUUGCCUAAAUAUACGUUACACGGAAACGUGAAUUACACCUGUGGAGGCAGAUGACACGAAGGCUCUAUCAUUUGUGUACUUCACGAAGGACAUCCUUUGGAUCUGUCUGAAAAUAAAGUGCGACACGAAGAUGAUCACCACUGCUGACCCUGUGGGUAAAUGGAAGGCAAUGGCACGUCCAUCUUUACCAUCCUCAUUGGACUCCACAUUACCUGGGAUAUCUCGAGAAGUGCUGUCUGUGUCCAUGGAACCAAAAUAUCAGUGUCAGCAGUGCAAAGAGAUUCUUAGGAAACCUUUCCAAGCACAGUGCGGACAUCGAUUCUGUGUGUUCUGUUUCAAACAACUCACCAGCUCAGGGCCCAUACCCUGCGAAGCCUGUCGUGCUGAGGGUAUAUUUGAAGAGGCAACAUCUAUACUCAAUAUUGCAGUGGCAUUUCCUGAUAAUGCAGCACGAAGAGAAAUUGAUAGCUUGCCUGCCAAAUGCCCAAAUGAUGGAUGUAGUUGGUCUGGAACACUAAAAGAGUAUGAGGGCCAACAUGAAGGUCGUUGUGACUUUGAACGUGUAAAAUGUGAAGCAUGUCAAGGACUCAUCUUGGUCAGUGAGAAAGAUCGCCACAAUGAGCGGGAAUGUGAGGCCAGAACCCUGAACUGCAAAUAUUGCAAGGUCACAUUCAACUUUAAAGAAAUUAAGGCCCAUGAUGAAAUUUGUCAGAAAUUUCCCAUGCAAUGUAAAGACUGUGGUAAAAAGAAAAUCCCCAGAGAGAAGUUUCAAGAGCACAUCAAAUCCUGUGCAAAGUCCAAGUCGGCGUGCCAGUUCAGUGAGAUUGGCUGCAGGGCAGUGGUCGACAAUGGUAAGCAGCAGGAACAUGAGCAGACCAGUGUGAUGGAACAUUUGCGUCUCAUGCUGGGUGUGCUGUCCUCUGUGCGCCUGCGGGCUGAGGGGGGUGGAGAGUGGCAGGAAGAUUCCGGACUGGGAUUGUAUCGUGGACCCGAAGACGCACCUCCAGCGGGGGCUCAUGCUGCUGCCCAUAAUGCAGGAAGAGGAGGUGGUCCUGGUGUGCAGCAGAAAGUCACAGCAUUGGAGAACAUAGUGUGUGUGUUGAACAGGGAGGUAGAGCGCUCGGCCCUCACCUUGGAGGCACUAUCCCGUCAACAUCGGCUAGACCAGGAAAAGAUAGAGAACUUGUCAAACAAGGUACGACAGCUGGAACGAACUUUAACCAUGCGAGAUCUGCAGUUAUCAGAAUCUGAGCAGUCCUUGCGGGAGCUGCAGUUUUGUACAUAUGAUGGAGUUUUCAUUUGGAAAAUAGCAGACUUCUCUCGUCGCAGACAAGACGCAGUGGGGGGCCGGGCACCUGCUAUGUUCUCACCUGCAUUUUACUCCAGUAAAUAUGGGUAUAAGAUGUGCCUGAGACUCUACCUGAAUGGUGACGGCACGGGUCGUGGCACUCACCUGUCUCUGUUCUUUGUGGUUAUGAGGGGGAAAUAUGAUGCACUGCUUAAGUGGCCCUUUAGCCAGAAGGUGACAUUGAUGCUGUUGGACCAGAACAACAGAGAGCACAUCAUUGAUGCCUUCAGGCCUGACGUGAGCUCCACAUCCUUCCAGAGACCCAUCAGUGAAAUGAACAUAGCCAGCGGUUGUCCUCUCUUCUGCCCCCUCGCCAAGCUGGCAGGCAAAAGCUCGUAUCUGAGAGAUGACACCAUAUUCAUUAAAGCCAUAGUCGACCUCACCGGCUUAUAAAGCAUUGGAAUUAUUCAUAAUAAUAAUUGAUAUUAUUACUAUUAUUAUUAUAUCUCAGCUGCGGAAGCAAUUUAAAUAUGAUAUGAUAUAAAUAAUAAUAGAAUAUUAUGAUAAUAACAUAUUUAAAUAUUGAUUUAUAUUGAGGAAUACAAAUUCAGUGAUAGUAUUAUGUGCACGUAUGAAGUGGCAAACUACCACACCGAUAAUUGCACUAUUUUUAUAUAACUCAGUAAAUACAAUAUAUAUUUAUAUUAAUAUAAUCAUAUUUAUAUAAUACAUAUGUACAGUACACAUUAUAUUUCAACUAUACCUACUUCUAGUAAUGUAUGUAAUCCAGAAAUAUUACAUAUAAGUUUUAUGAGCUGAAGCUUUGGCUAUCAUAUGCAUACAGUACAUGUAGCAGGAUUUUCAUGCUGUUAAAAGUGAGCACAUUUUAGGGGCUUGAACAAUUUAGUAAUAAGUAAUAUAUGUAUAAAUAUAUUAUUAGUAUAAAUAGCUAUAUGUAAGUCACCAGUCUGUUUUUACCAUACUAAUCUGACUAGUUUAAUAAUAGAGAAGCUGUGUAAAUCAUUCAGCUCAUAGAAAUGAAUCAUUGUGCCGUUUGUACUUAAAGACAAGCUUGUGGAUACAACCUGUGCGUGAGGCUACAAUAUUUAAAAUUUAAUUAAGAAAAAAAGUCAGAAACCUUAGCAGGAUUGAAAAAACAUCUUGACUGACCAGUGUUUAGAUUCACUGUAGAACUGGCCCAUUUGUAAACAA